AUGGCUGCAACACACAGUCUCAUCCAGAAUGCAUUCCAGGCAGCCAUGCAUGAGUUUCAAACAAAUCUGAACAACGAUGAAGUUUACACCAAGCUCCUUGCAGUAACGUCCAUUGAUGAGGUUUAUGACCUGACCGACAAGCUUCAGGCUGGUCAGGGCAGAAAAGGACACCUUCGCCAUCUAGCCAAGAUUGAGCCUUACCUCAACCGCCUCCGAGAAUAUACUGGCGUCAUUGAUACUUUUGUGCAGGUACAUCCGGAAAUCAUGGCAUUGAUCUGGGGUCCGAUCAAGCUGCUACUGCAAUGGAGUAGCAUUUUGAAACAGUCAUUUGACGCGAUUGUGGACACAACAGCAGACAUUGGAUUGUUGUUGCCGGAGUUCCAGGAAGUUGCAGUCUUAUUCUCACAAAAUGCCGGGAUCUAUGAUGUUCUGGUUCUGUUUUUCAAGGACAUCCUAGACUUUUAUCAGGUUGGCUUGAAGGUCUUCACAAUGCCACGCUGGAAAUACUUUUUCGAGUCCUUGUGGCCGCGGAAAAAAGAGUACAUCAACCUGGUGAAGACCCACAUUGAAAGACACGCUCUGCUGAUGCGGAAUGAAGUGAGGUUGGAGCAUAUCCGCGAGGAGCAUGAUGCUCGCUUGAGGGCCUUUGAGCAUUUCAAGAAUGCUGAAAAAUCACAACGUUUGCAGCAAUUUUACGCUAUCAAGGCGGACAUGAGUCCCAAGUCAUAUGACGAUAAACUCAACUGGUACCAUAGCCGUGUCUGUGACGGUACUGGGACUUGGUUGUUUCAAGACGACGUGGUAAAAGAUUGGUUGGAUGUCAGUGGUGGUUCUUCAAGGGUCCUCUGGCUUCAAGGAAUUCCAGGUGCAGGAAAGACAUUUCUUGCGGGUGGCAUGGUGGACAAGGCGUAUACCAUCGGCCAUACUGCCUUCGCCUUUCUCAGUCACGCCUUCAGCAGCAGCACUUCAGCUCUAAGUGUUCUACACUCGCUUCUAUUUCAACUCGCCUCGCAGCACGAGGAUCUCCAAGAUGUACUCUGCCACUCAACCAAUGAACAAAUCAAGAGCAAUGUUACCGUGGCAGUCGAUACACUCAAGGCCGUUCUGGACUGCGCCGGCCACGUCUUUCUCAUUAUUGAUGGGUUGGAUGAGAUAGACGUCAUUGAGCGUGGAGUGCUUUUGGAAAAGCUCCUGCACCUAUCUCAUGAAUGCCAUGAGGCCCGCAUUUUUAUCAGCAGUAGACGUGAGGAGGACAUCACAGAAAUUCUCAAGGGCAGCUCGGAAACCAUUCGGGUUGAUGGAAGGAAUGAGGAAAGUAUUCAAGCCUUUGUCGAUUAUCAGCUAAGACAGAUUUUCCAGAGUAGAAGAUUUCCUCCUCAAAUUCAGGAUGAAAUAACGCGCUCGUUGGCACCGCUUGCAUCCAAAGCCAAAGGGAUGUUCCUGUACGCCAAAGUUGUCUUGAGCGGUAUUGAGUUGGUAGACGACGUGGCUGAACUUUGCGAAGAAAUGAGCAUACUGCCAGAAGAUCUGGAUGAUGCAUAUUCCCGAGUGCUUGUACGAAUUAACAAACUGCGACCACCGUCGGCUCGCGUCAAGGCCAGAAGAAUACUGGCCUGGGUGGGUUGCUCGCCGACGCCGCUAACCGUCCAGGAGAUCGAACAAGCACUGACGAUCAAACCUGGAAGCUUUGAAUUAGAGAAGAAGGUGUUCGCCAGUCCGAACCUUAACAGGCUAUGCGGACCCAUUAUCGAAAUAGUUGAUGGAUAUGCGACUCUCGAUCUUGCCAUCUGCUGCACCACUUUCCUCAGUCAAAGACAUUAUGAUGUUGUUACUCUGGGCGAUGAUGAUGGUUUCCCCAGCCUCCUACUGGAUGGGAGCUAUCGACUGCACUAUUUCGCAGCAAAUGGCUGGUUCGAGCUGGUCAAAAAGUACUUGCAGUUGAUACAGAACAAGCCAUUGCCAGCAGAGCUUGUGCACAGUCUAAAGACGCUGAUGGUCAAACGCAGCAAUCACGAAUUUGCAGCAGAACGAGACACUUCUAUCAAGCCUGCAUACUUGCAGCCUGUCGAAACGGAGUAUCCGGAUCUAUAUCAAUUCCUUCAUGGCUUCGAAUCCAAAGCGCAACGAGCAACACAUGAAAAAGAGCAUACCCGCCCAUGGAAAUGCAGCGUCUCUGGGUGUGAGUAUGAGAACAUCGGAUUCCUCUCCCGCAGCAUGAGAGACCAACACUUAGAAAAGGCUCAUAAAGACAAGGCACAACCAAGGGAACUUCCUGAGGACACCAUCGGACAAGAUGAGGUGCAGGCACUCGUGCUCGAUUUAGUCAAAGAUCAUCAAGUUGAGAUGGUCGAGCUUCUCCUGCCGCGCAUUAGCGAUCCCUAUCAAUUCUCUUCGCUCUUGGGCAAGACGGUAGGCGAACUCGGGUCUGUGCCAAUGGCGCAGAUGAUAACGCGGGUCUGCGAGGAGGCGGCGAAGCACAGGGCUGUGGAUCAAUUUUAUCACGGAGCUAUAAAGACCGGUAAUGUCGAGUUUAUUGAUUGGCUUAUCAACUCGAACCAGAUGCCAGAAUAUAGAAAUCAGGUGGCGUCCAUUAUUGCGGCUUUUGUGAAGAGCGACUCAGAGGAGAUGUGGAGACUGUGCAAGCAGUUCAUGGCGGCUCUCUCGCGAGCCGACGAGGCAGCGCCAGGUCGCAUCAUCGACUUAAGGAUGUCUGAUGUUUGUUUUGAAGACCAGGUCAUAAAUGCCACCUGCAGGAUCGCAAAGAGAGAAGAGAUGCUACUUUCCCUGUGGGAAUCCGUCGGAGUGAGUAAAGAGCUCAAGGUUGCUAAGCUUUCAUAUGCUUUGGGAGCUGUUGCCAGAACGACGUGCUCUAUUCGACUCGGGACCGCUCUUCUCCAAUACGGAGCUGAUAUCAAUGGACAUAAGCGUAACGGAGGGGUCUCGCCCCUUCAAUUUGCUGCGCGGAAGUCGUCGGCUGAGAAUGCCGAGUUCAUGAAGUUCCUCCUCUCGGAGGGCGCGGAUUCAGAAAAGGUUUCGCGCUCGCGAAAGCCUUCUGAUGAGAAAGGCGCCCAGGAAAUCUCCCAAUGGCUUGGGAUAUCAUGGAAUGAACUGGUCGAGAAGACCAGAAAUCAAAGAAGUGUCGAUCCUCAAUCAAAUCAAUGA